CGACGACUGUCCCUUCUUUUCCGGUUUAGUUGCUUGACAUGGCGAAAUCGUACGAUUUUUUGUUUAAGUUGCUUCUCAUAGGAGAUUCCGGAGUCGGCAAAACGUCUAUUUUGUUCAGGUUUUCCGACAACAAGUUCGACGGAAGCUUCAUAUCGACAAUAGGAAUCGAUUUUAAGAUACGGAUUAUCGAAAUUGACGGGAAGAAAAUCAAGCUGCAAAUAUGGGACACGGCUGGCCAGGAGCGCUUCCGCACGAUAACGACUGCCUACUACAGGGGGGCAAUGGGAAUCAUGCUCGUUUACGAUGUCACAAAGGAAGCCACAUUCGAAAACAUAAAGACGUGGAUCAGGAACACAGACGAGCAUGCGGCGGCAGACGUUGAAAAGAUGAUUCUUGGAAACAAGUGUGACAUGAACGAACUCAGACAAGUUUCUAAAGAGCGUGGAGAAAAGUUGGCAAUAGAACACAACAUCAAGUUCAUGGAGACCAGUGCUGUGUCAUCAAUCAAUGUGGAGGACGCCUUCUACACACUUGCAAGAGACAUCAAAGAGAAAAUGGAGCGAAAGGUGCUGAGUUCCAUGAUGGGAGCACAUAAGGCGGCUCGGGCACAGCCAAAGCCAGCAGGCCCUCACCUACACGCUGCUGAGCCCGUGCGAAAGAGGACCCGGUUCACGUGCACUCUCCUAUGAUGUCUGUAGACUGUGAAGCACAAGUAGUGCAGUGACUCGUAUCAGUGCCUAAAAAGGGUGCCUGCCAGCUGCAGAAUCCAGUCUUCAACCGCCACACUUUGGCAUGACCGACAUUUUUUUGUGGGCUGGCAUCGUGUGAUGCCCCUGGCUUGUUGCUCCUAGGCUCUUCAUGUCUGUCUCGCCCUGAGGAGGGCACACCGCACAUCGCUGCACGUGCGGUCACAGGCAUAUAUACGCAAACACCUCUUGUUCUGACCACACUGAAUGCAAAAGGUGCCCCCCCCCCUCUCCCGGUCUUAUAAACUCGUAUGUGAACGGCAAUCAAAGAGAAGGUGCACUUUGUCUUCCACGUAUUCUUUCGCUCUGUACAGUAAUGCCCUAGUCACAUUGGCAUACUAAUUGCAGUUAACUUGAACCUGAGUUGCACUCUAGUUACACAAGCAUGACUGAUUAUAGUUAAGCUGAACCUAAGUUGUGGCCUACAGCUGUUAUGAAAAGUUACACAGAAAGCAUAAUUGCAGUUAAUAGCCAUGCGAGGUAUGUUAGGUUUUCCAUGUAACUGAGUGUAACUGCUGCGGUUGGUAAGAGAAGUUCUGCUGAGCUGCAGCUAGUGAGCAAACUCAAUUAGGGUAUUACAGCCUACUCUAGUGAUGCUCAAUUGCUAGAAAAUUUUGACCACAUUUACUGCGGUUAAUGAUACAAACAAAUUUUUUUGUGUAACUGGGCAUAACUAGAGUGGGCUGCAACUAACCCCUGUAUUCAGAAAUGUUAAAGCCACAACUCGACUUAAUCCAAGUCCGGCUCAGUAUAAUGGCUGAUGUCAACAUGCCCAAGACACUCAAUGUGUUUGCUUGGGUGCAAUCACAUUGGGCGUUAUCUUGAGCCAGACUUGACCAAGUCGUCCUGGCUUCAAGUUAAGGCGCAUUUGUGAAUAUGGAGGUAAGACUUGGCUUAACUGCAAUUAGUGUGCCCAUAUAACUAAGGUAUAAACGAUGUGUUUUCCUUGUUUUUCCUGCAUCUUGAUUUUACUCCCUGUUCAAGGGUGAGUGCCUCUGUUAUGAAAGGGUCUCAUUUGUUGUGCUGAUGUAUUGAUUUGGGACAAAAUGUGUUUGUGCUGUGGCCUUGAGCUGAAUGUUGUUAGGUUUUCAGUGGCUGUAGGAACCUUAACAGGGUGCGUUGAAAGUUGCAAAGGAUGAUAACUCCUUAUGUGUACAGCAUAAUUGACGUCCAGGUUGUUUUUUUCAUCUCGUUCUGCCAAUCUCGUCCCUUUGUGACUGCAUUGUUUUGUGGCUACUGGUUCCAUUCACAUCCCUUUUGUUCUUUCUUUUUCUUGAAGGCAGUGCACAAAAAACUGCCUGCAUCUUUUCGAGAGGAAUUUUUAUGCCUGAAAGACAAGUAAGCUUUUUUUUAUCCUGUAUGUACCCAGAUUAGGGUGACAUUACCAGCAAAAACAAGAUGUCACCAUUGCCCACAUUUUCCACCUAAGUGCUGUGAUGCAGCAUUUAGCCCCCUUUCAAAAGUGCUAUCAUGGACAAACAAAACACUGACAGCCAAGUUUAAAACGUUGAACAUCUCUCAUAGGUAAUGAAUGCAAAAGUGCGGUUCCACUACACUGCAUAUCCGGUAGCCAGCGAUUUCGUCCAGAACUGAACGUAUGAUUUAAAAUUGGUCUGACAUCAUUUGAAGUGGUGAAAACCAGUCAUGGAAAAACCUGUUUUAGUUAAAGCUUGUUCACAUUUCAUUUGUCCAUGAUAGUGCAAGCCUGCACAUACCUGACUUUUUGUUGAUCACUCGAUGUACUCAGAAUGCUGUUUAUUCAAAUUUGCAAUUUCUUUGUACAUGUCCCCUGUCCUGCUCCUGCCGUUUACUGGGCCAGAAAUUUUUACUUUUUACUUGAUGCUUUCUUUUUCCAAGUUGAGUGGUGCUGCUGAAGUUGCACAAUAUACUUUGCAGCUGCAAUUUCAUAUGCUAUACACAUAUACUCAAAGUCCUUUUUUUGUUCUCCUACUCAUUGGUGUGUGCAAACGCAGCAGUUCUAUACACUCAAGUUUGUGAGCACUCUCCCUCUUAUCACACCACCAAAUGCUCUUCUACUACAUUGAUUGUGCUAACUUUCAUCAUCACCUCUGAUGCUUGACUGAUGUUAUUAUGCACUCACUUUAUGUUAUAAAUGCAUCUGAAGCAGCAAAUUUUGCUUAUGGGGCUUUUUUAAAUUCAAUGGAGGGAUGAGAGGUGCGAAGAUUGCAGUCUUUCAGCAUGUUUUGGUGAUAUGGGCUCAUGUCAAACGCUGGCAUCAUGUGUCCAUCUUUCAUGUCGUAGAUUUGACGUAUGAUGUUCUCACUCUGAAUUAUACUUAACAUCAACAUCAAUACUGGGUAAAAAAGUGGCUCUUUGUACAAAAAAAAAAGAGAAAAUGUACAUGGAUUGCCUCAAAUGCAAAACACACUGCAGUCGAACCUUGCUAUAAAGAAGUCACAUCCAACGCUAAGAUACCUUCGCUAUAGCCCUUAUUUGUUACAAGUGUAUAUUCGUUACAUGCUAAUUUGGCUAUAAACAUUUACAAUUUACUUUAUUAUGUCCAAUAAUUUGUCAUUUCUGUGUUCGUUAUAUCAGGGUUCGACUGAAUUAUAGUGACAUUGUGUCUUGUGCAUUGUUGCAACAAGUGCUGUGUUGGCGUAAGACAGUUGUUAAUUGUAAAUCAGUCUGGUCAAGCACGUAGGUGAUAACCAGAUUCUUAGAAAGUGUUGCAAAAGCCUUUAAGUAGCAAGACAAUUCAGUUUGUGGUUUGGAUCAUCUGUCACAUGCACAUAGUGAGUCACAAGGUGGCAAUAACAGCUUUAAUGCCAAGAAAUUUCUGCUGCAGGUAUAGCUGGGACAAGGCGCCCUCUCCUCAGGCGCUGUUUGGGAGUAUCAUCCACUUAUUCACUGCCUCUAUUUAGUUGGCUAUCCACAGUCUAUUUCUAUUGCCGAAGGCAAAUUAAUUGUCAUAUAGAAUUUGGGUUUGCCCUAGAGCUCCAUUUCACAGCAGUGUUAUAAUUGUACGCAGACAGUCCAGUGGUACGUUUGCUGUAGCAUUCUCUGCUGAUAUUCGUGAUUUGAAUUCAAUAUCACCUGCCUACUGGCAGUCGACCAGUAGAACACCUCUGCACUGUUGUGCCUGUUUUUAAUGCCUACCAUUCCGGUAGUCGGUUGUGGGACACAAAUAUCGUAGCACAUGUAAACAUCGUAGUGCUGUGAUAGACAAUCUCAACUGCAAGUUUAAACUUCGAAAUGUGCAUGCGGACUUUGGGCACAAAAACCUUUUCCCCCCCUCACUAACCUGUUUACUUUCAUAGUUGUCAGGCAGUACGUGCUUGAUUUGCACCAAUACGACAGAGUCAAAACCCACUUGACAAAGAGAAUGAAGAUCCUAACUUGAGUGUAUGGUGGGAGCAAUUUCUAAAGAAAUCUCUACUUGGUGUCGUCCGAGAAUCAGCCAUUGUCAUUGUAGUUUGUACACUACACUGCGCUUUUUACAUUACACUGAUGCCCUGCCAUUGGCUGUGAUCGUACAGGUGGAGGUAGCCCUGCGAAUUCAGCUGCUGACAAGGUUUUUGGUAUUAUUAAAUUUAUUCUUCUGGGGUUGUAUGGGACUGUAGUCUACUUGCUAGACUAGUUGCAGUGUAAAACAUUCCUUUACAUACACCAUUUGAUACUGUUUGAAUACAAACAUGCUGCACUGUCCAGACACACAUUCUGGGUUCUUUAUAUAUGACAUUUUGCACAUUACAGUGCACACAUUAAAAUAAGAGUAUCAUAUGUCUGGAACAUUGGCCUUAGUCGGUAACGGGUGCCUAAAAAUUUGUCACGUAAUGCUCUGCAUUUUUCAUGGCUUGCAGCUGUCGCCAGGCAGUACAGGUUAGUGUACAGUACACUCGCAGGAAUUCAAACUUAAGUUAUUCAAAAUCCAGACGAUUAAAAAAAAAAUUAGGCUCCUUUUGCCAUUAUUUCAGUGGUCCUUGAAGCCACCUUUAAGUCAAACAAGGCAGUCAUUGAUUUUGGUUAAUCCAUACUUGUUUUACUUUCUAGGGGUUAUAAAGGCAUUCAUUAAUGUGAAUAGCCUAAACAUGCCCUUGUCUGAUAUUCAGGUUGCUGUGUAUCUUAACUGGAGACACUACAGAUUGAUGUCUGACCCAUUUGUCACUGAAAGUGAUGAAGUCCUGCGUACCCCUUUUCAGACAUGACCAUGUAUGUCCAUGUACACCUGCGAUCAAAAGUAUAUAGCAGGGGCAUUGGCAAAAAAGUAAAAACAAAUUUCUUGUAACAGAGACUGACAACGUGCGACUGACAAUUGGACUGCAAUGUUUGCAAUGUCAAAUCUAAACUGCAGUCUUCAGUGUUAUGUUACAUGUCUAGGCAUCGAGGAAGUUCGGUCUCUAUAGAAAAUCUGGUCCACAUACUUUUGAUCAUUGGUGUACCUGUAAAUUUAGUACCUCAUAAUUCUGUUGUGUAAAGAAGAAUUUGUGGUCCACAGAAUUUUGAAUUAAAACAAGUUGACUGUAGUUGUGUUCCAAGAAAAAGCUAUCACAGAUGCUAAUUGCUGCAAACCUAGGAAAGCAGUCUAACAUGUGAGCACUUAUGUGGGCAAAGAGUGUGUUUAAGCAAUCUGCUACCUGCUCUCUAGCAUAUUGUGUAAUAUGAACUGUUUACCAGGUUUCUGAAGUCAAGCCAAUUUUAGUGAAGGUACUUACAUUGUCAUCAUAUCCUGAAGCCCCAAAGUUCCUCUAAAUGUUCCUAUGUAUAGUGAACAGCACAAAACUGUAAAAUGUGCGAGUACUUGCAUAGCAUGAACUGUGUUUUAAAGACUUGUUUUGUUGCGACUUCACGCAAAUUAAUCAGGCAAGAAAAAAAAAACUUCAAGCCAACUUUCACUGAAGGUACUUGCACCUCUCUUGAAUGUUUUUAGAAACGAACAGAAUCUAUAAGCUUUCAGAAACUGCCUACUUGUUAUAAUAUGGUCAUUCUAUCAUGUUUGUCUCACAACACUGAUGUAGCAGCUGAAACCCUGUGGUUGGCUGGGUAGCCCAAAUCACCAAGUGAUAUGUUCCCCAUGAAAAGAGCCGAGACACUUAGCCAAGGCACAAUGGAACAGCAGCCAACAAUUUGAUUUGGGACGUCAAAACCCAUAAUUUAACCGUGUCUAUUUGCUAUGUAUAGGCUGCACAUUUGUAAUUGUUGCUUAAAGGGAAGCUGAAGAACUUCAGAAUCGAGCAUCGCCAAAGGAAGCUCUUAGUCUGCCAGUUUGCAAGAUGCAUAUCAUGUAUGCCUCCGCGGAGCAAAAUGUGUUCAUAGACUUGUAAAACAAAAACAGAUGUCUAAUUAGAAUAUCUACCUGCUGUUUUUGGUAGCUCUGUGAUGGUGAUGUCAACACCAACAUCCACGCUAUAUGGGCCAGUAGAGCCUAUAGUAUAUCCCAACAUAGAAUUAUGACUCACAAUCUUGGUGCUGCCCUUCCCAUGGGUAUUAUGAGGACGCACUUUGCAGUGGGAGUGGGCUGUUAAAUCAAGAAACCACAGCGAAUUUCAUCAUGCACUCUUUUUCUGCUUAGAGAAAAUGUUUUGUUUUUUACAGAGUGUAAGGUAGGUUCGGCUUUCCUUUAAUUAAGCAACGUGAAAUGGUGAUUGUGGAACAGCUUCUAAACAACCCUACCGGUACGUGAGACAUUGGUGACACGAGAGCGCGCGUUCCUAAACAAAGUUGUCGUUACAGUCAGGAGCAGAAAUCCCAGUGUUACAUGUGACACAUAACUUGCCUUAAUCAGUUGUCAAGCUAUGGACAGCGCACACUAUACUCACAUUUUUGGUAAAUGGCAAUCUUAAAAAUGGCAUUGCUAUUUUGGUCAUUCUUUGGGAUGGGCUGCGCAUCUUCUUAGUCAGUCAACAGUAUUGAAUGAUCCUGGUCAGGUGCGUGUGCUUGUUACUUGUACACAAUUAUGUGAUUGUGAGGAAAUGUCAAAAUGCACAGGGAUGAUGAAAAGCAUGUGAUACUGGUCCCUUCCAAUAAAUGUUUUUUUUUUCUUCUUUAA